UAGCCCGUCAGAGCGAAACUAAGCCGCCGAGCUGCGGUUCGCUGUGUUUGUCUUUUCUCGGAGGCUGAGUGACUGAAACACGUUGAACAGCUUUCUUUUUUCCUCGGGAACAUGGAGCUCAUGAACGAAGACCAUUUAAAAAUGUAUCUGUGCAGCAACCGUUUAGCCACAUACUCCGGCUGGCCGUUUGACGAGGGCUGCGCCUGCACGGCCGAGACUAUGGCCAAGGCUGGUUUUAUCCACACUCCCACCGACAACAGUCCAGAUGUCGUCCAGUGCUUCUUCUGCUACAAAGAGCUAGAGGGCUGGGAGCCUGAGGAUGAUCCUGUGAAAGAACACGUGUCUCACUCUCCGAAAUGCCAUUUCAUUCUGCUCAAGCAAGCCGUGGAGGAGCUCACAGUUGAGGGGUUUCUGAAACUACAGAAAGAGAGGCAGAAAUUUCUCAUUAUGAAGAAUUGCAACCAAGCUAUUGAGAAAUUUGAAGAGUCUGCGAAGUCGAGAAGACGUGAUAUUACCAAAAUGGCCAUGGAAGGAUGAAUGGAGUCUGGUGCAUUUGUUCCUUAUCUGCUUUGUCAUCCAGGUCAUGGAUAUAGCACGACGACGUUCCGGUUGGAAUUUUGGUGUCAAGGAAGCUAUGAUCUUGCUUAUUUCAUUUUCACACCAUCCCAAACAUAGUCUUCAUUUAUAGGUGGAGUCAUGGUACCAAAAUUGGAUGUUUUAUUAAGAGUAUUCUUUGAGGUCUCUGCUUCCAGAUCUCUGUAUCUGGUGUUGCCAGACGUCACCGUAGAGCUUGUACGCGAUUGGAAUCAAAACCGACCCCUUUCUUGGAGAAGUUCUAAUGAGAUGGCUGUUAGACGCCAAGAGCACUUUCUGCAUGUACUAGUACUUUUCUCUGGCCUGCAGUGCACAGCGGUGCAUGAAAGCCAUCGUGACUCAUCACAUUGUUCAUUUCUUCUAGAAUGGGGUCUUUUUCGUUCCAGGAGCCGUAACAGUAGUUACUUUUUAGUGUAGCUUCUUUUAGAAUGAUCUUUAUGCCCUCAAGCUAGCCCAUAAGUGGAUUUGCACUUCUUAUUUGUCCAACAUUUCUUCUACUGUUCCAUGAAGGUUUUUUUUUUAUUGUCAUGUCUUCAUAUUCUUUGCCAUAUUUUACCUUAAUAAAUACUUAAUACACGA